AUGUCUCUGACCUUGGAUGGCUGGUAUCCAGAGAUUUCGAUAGACGCGCUUGCUAUUCACCAUGAUUCACGUCUAUCAGAGUUCAAAUGGCUCAAUUACCCUGGUGAAGACCUAACUAAGAAUGAUCUGGAGGCACUCGGUGAUCGCUGCAUAUCUCUUCGGGAUUUUACAUUAACCAUCCGUCGUUCACAAGGAGACCUGACAGAAGCGAACUUAUAUAAGACUCUUGGAUCCCUACCCAGGCUUCAGUCAAUCUCACCUAAUCUCCAAGUUUCUAAAAGAUACUCGCCUACGGAUAAUGACGAAGACGACAACGGCAACUUGUUUAAUGCAUUGAUCGAUGACGAAUUCGAUAGAAUUAUUCCUUCAGAAGUGCUUGGAGAUGGUCCAGAUUCAUCCGAGGCUUGUAACGGCGCUAUGCACGAGCAGCUGAUUAAUUGUGCAUUAGAUAAGAUACUUGCUAAGUCUAUAUUUGACACCAUAUCCUCCGAGAAGCCCCAGGUAUCUCUUCCCUUGGAGGAAUUGGCUCUCAAGAUUACCAAUGUUGGACACUUUGGAAUGGUGGACUGCCCAGCGCAUUUUCUAUAUGUGCUCUUCCAUUUGUGUCGCCCAUGGCGGGAUACUCGCAAUAUUCGUGAUGACUGCCGACAUGAGAUACGGAUUGAAGAAUGA